AUGGCAUCGUCGGUGCCGCAUGCCGUGUGGCAAGAUCGCAUCUUUCACGUCCUCGCGGGGUUCUACGGCUUCAUCGGGGACGUCGCUCUCAUCCAACUAGUCAGGAUCGAACGCAGAGUUCCCGAAUAUGAGUGGACGACGCAAAAGGUCUUCCACUUAUUGAAUUUCUUGAUUCUUCAACAUGUUCUUCUUGAUUUGCCUGGUCUUGCGUUCUUCACGACCUACGCUCUUUUGGUGCUCUUCUGGGCUGAAACAUAUUAUCAGGCACGCGCGAUAUCCACUGAUGGGCUUAGGCCAUGUUGCUAUGCUAUUAAUGGAGUGGUUUAUGCCAUACAGGUGGUUAUAUGGUUGCUUCUAUGGUGGAAGCCCAUUCGAGCUGUGGUAAUAUUGUCGAAGAUAUUCUUUGCAGGGGUCUCAUUGUUUGCGGCCCUUGGAUUUCUUUUUCAUGGAGGGAGGCUUUUCAUCAUGUUGCAACGUUUUCCUGUGGAAUCUAAAGGGAGGCGCAAAAAGUUGCUAGAGGUCGGUUAUGUUACAGGAAUAUGUUUCUCCUGUUUCUUGGUGAGAUGCAUUAUGAUGUGCUUUAAUGCAUUUGAUAAAGUGGCAAAUCUUGCUGUUUUGAACCAUCCGAUUCUAAACUUUUUCUACUACUUGCUGGUUGAGAUUCUGCCUUCAGCUCUAGUCCUUUUCAUCUUAAGGAAGCUACCUCCCAAGAGCGGAAUCACGCAAUAUCACCCAAUCCAUUGACGAGCGACUUAUAGGAACUCGGCCGGUGCCCUCGUCGUACAAGACAUCCACAAAGUAAAUGCAAAAGCAAAGUGUUUCCUGAUGAAGGUCAUAAGGUGGAUCCUGAUAAAGGUUACAAGGUGGAUCUGCAAAGUGUUUCCUGAUGAAGGUUAUAAGGUGGAUCAGAGGGUUACUUUUGUCCUGGUUGGCCCUUAUAAAUUGAAUCUGUACAUAACUCAUUCCUUGGUUGAAUUAUAGAUUUAGAAAGAUGUCUAGUUGGUAGAACUAGGAAUAGUUCUGUUUGUACUUUCUGUGUUUAUAUGCUGGAAUUUCUGCAUGUACUAUGCUGUUGUUCAUCUUCCGUUUGCUCAAUUCAUGUUGUUGUUUUUCCUUCUAAAAUUCUAGUUGCUGUAUGAAUUAUCCAAUGCAAGUACCAAAAAGAGUCAUGUAGGUGAAAGAUUGUAGAUAGAUUACCAUACAAACAAUACAUUUGAACUAACAAAUGAGCUUUCAGUCGGCAGGAAAGGCGAGGAUCCAGAAACAGCGGAAGCCGAAAACUCAAGAAAGGGGGUGGGGCCUUGGAGACUAUGCACUGAGGUAUGGAUUAUAUUAGUAACAUUUUUUUUUUUAAUAAAACUAGUGGUAUCAAUUCUUUUUAAAGGCUGUGACUUUAAUGUUAGGUUUCCUUAUCUAUAGUUGGCCGAGACUGUACUGUUUGUUUAUGGCCUUUAGGACCUUCUUUGGUUCAAACUUCUUUAAGCCUUAAUACUCGAUGGGCUCAACCUCAUUUGGUUGCCACAUUUUGGUCCCAAAAAUACUGUUCAUAGGGUUUACAUCAUUACAUGAACAGGUAAAAAUAUGUCAGUUUACCAGCUGAAACUUAAAAAGUAAAUCGAAGAAAACCUACAAACUUUCGAGAACAAUUAUUAUGCCCACUUAGGCCUUCUCUUCAUUAGAAUUGGCUCUAUUUCACAUUAUUUCCAAAGUGGAAUAUCUUAUUAGAAUUAGAAUCCAUAUUAUUGAGUAGUGUUUAUAAUUACAAUUAUAUUGGGUGCUUUCUCUAUGAGUGCUUUUUGGCGCUCCAGCUGUUUCUACAGGCGACCGAGGAAACUUUUUACAGCAGUACGAUCUUAAUGACCCACCAAUCUAGGGUCAAGCUAGUGCUCCUUUUCUCGUUGUUUCACGCUUGUCCUGCACAACCUUGGCACCUCUCAUCCAUGUCGUCCUUGUACCUCCUCUUCUUGCGUGGGGUCACAUUCACAUCCCCUGUUCCGCUUUUGCAAUGGGGCACUGUAUGCAUUACAGCUUUAGUCUAGGUGGGAAUCAUGGGGGAAUUAUAUGGGUGCUCCGACGAGGAUAAUGGUGUAUAAGAGUUUGUACCACACAAAGAUUUGGUGCAUCUCUUGUGGGGCUUACAUUGUCAUUGGCAUCUAAUGAUUAAACAAGGUUUCUUUUCUCGACUCUUUGUUACUCUCUCUCUCUAUCUCUCUCUCUCUCUUUGAGAACUAAUGAUUAACCCACUAUUGCUAUUUCUUUUGUGAACUUUAAGCUUAAAUAAUCCCUCUCUCUCUCUUCCCUCUGUCUGGUUGAUCAGCCGAUGGUACUCCAGGAUAUAUCUCAAUGCUUCGCCACAAAUUUGGCUUGGUUUUAACAAGCACCUGAUGAUCCUCAUGCUUAACAAUGCUAUUCUAAAAUAUUGAAAUGUAAUUCUUUGUCGAUGCAAGUGCUUAAAUAGUAAGCAAAUGUCCGACAUAGUAUUCUAGUUACAGUGUUAAACUCCAUACUGUUUAGAGUGUUAAGAAAGUAAAUCUAUA